CCAACGACGACAACAAAUCGCCAACCAUUACAAUGGCCGCAGAAAAGAAGGAACGCACCGGCCUCCACGUCGGUCUGAACAAGGGACACAAAACCGAGGCCCGUGUUGUCAAGCCUCGUGUCUCUCGCACCAAGGGCCACCUGAGCAAGAGAACCGCCUUCGUCCGGGAGAUCGUCAAGGAGGUCGCUGGUCUUGCCCCAUACGAGCGUCGUGUCAUCGAACUCCUCCGCAACAGCAAGGACAAGCGUGCCCGUAAGCUGGCCAAGAAGAGGCUCGGUACUUUCGGUCGUGCUAAGGCGAAGGUCGACGAGUUGCAGCGCGUGAUCGCUGAGUCCAGAAGGGCUGGUCACUAA